GCAGCCGGUGAAACUAGUUUUUCACGUUGGAGAAGUGGUCGAUUUUAAACUGUCUCUGUGGCUAACUGUACCUCUUUUUCCCGGGGGAAAAAAAAUGGGUGAUCCCGUUGCCGAGUACACGUCUCGAUGUCAACACCAGGAAAGGGAAAUCAAAUUACUCCAAGAUGAAAUAGAGAGACUGAAAGAUCCACAGGAGCUGAACUUCUCAUCUUCACAACUGGACGAGUUGAGGGAGGAGAAUUCCCGUCUGAAAUACCGCCUCAAAAUCCUCAAAACAAGUUUACAGGAAGAGAUGUGCCAAAACAGCAAGACAAUGAUGAACAUCAACCAGCGCUUGCAGCAGAUCUUUGGGGACGCCAUCGGUACUGCCUUCCCUGAUCUGGAGAACCCUCCACUGGCAGUCACUCCCAACCAGCAGGCAAAGUUUGGGGAUUACCAGUGUAACAGCGCCAUGGCAAUGUCUCAGAUGAUGAAAGCUAAGGGACAGAAGGUCAGUCCCAGAGAGAUUGCAGAAAAGAUUGUCCAGAACAUUCCUGACAAUGAGUUAAUCGAGAAGACAGAAAUUGCAGGGCCAGGGUUUAUCAAUGUUCAUCUCAAGAAGGUGUUUGUUUCCAAACUCCUCACAAACCUGCUUUUGAAUGGAGUGCAGCCACCACCUUUGGAGAAGAAAAAAAACGUAAUCGUGGACUUCUCUUCACCUAACAUUGCUAAAGAGAUGCACGUUGGUCACUUGCGGUCCACCAUUAUUGGAGACAGCAUGUGUCGACUUUUUGAGUUUCUGGGUUAUGAUGUGCUAAGGUUGAACCAUGUUGGAGACUGGGGGACACAGUUUGGGAUGCUCAUUGCUCAUUUGCAAGACAAGUUCCCAAAUUAUCUUACUGUUUCCCCACCUAUUGGUGACCUUCAGGCUUUCUACAAAGAGUCUAAAAAGCGGUUUGAUGAGGAAGAGGAGUUUAAGAAGAGGGCAUACCAAUGUGUGGUUAAACUACAGAGCAAAGAGCCAGACUUCAUGAAAGGCUGGAACCUCAUUUGUGAGGUUUCCAGAAAAGAGUUUCAGAAGGUCUACAACUGCCUGGAUAUCCGCAUUGAGGAACGUGGAGAGUCAUACUAUCAGGACAUGAUGACAGCUGUGGUGAAAGAGUUUGAGGAGAAAGGCCUGGUGGAGCUGGACGAGGGCAGAAAGAUAGUUUUUGCUCCGGGCCAGUCUGUUCCCCUGACGAUUGUUAAAUCAGAUGGAGGCUACACUUAUGAUACCUCCGAUCUGGCUGCCAUCCGAAAUCGGCUGUUUGAUGAGAAAGCUGACAUCAUCAUCUAUGUGACUGACAGUGGCCAGGCAAUGCACUUCCAGAUGAUCUUUGCUGCUGCUCAGAUGAUCGGCUGGUAUGACUCCAAGGUCACACGUGUAGAACAUGCAGGUUUCGGCGUGGUGCUUGGAGAGGACAAGAAGAAAUUUAAGACUCGUUCAGGGGACACGGUUCGACUAAUGGACCUUCUAGAGGAAGGUCUAAAAAGAUCCAUGGACAAACUGAAGGAGAAGGAGAGAGAUAAGGUGCUGACCCCAGAAGAGCUGGUGAAAGCUCAGCGUGCCGUGGCCUUCGGUUGCAUUAAAUAUGCAGACCUUUCAAAAAACCGCAUCAAUGACUACGUCUUUUCCUUUGACAAGAUGCUUGAUGAUAGGGGAAACACAGCAGCCUACCUCCUCUAUGCCUUCACCCGCAUCAGGUCUAUAGCUAGACUGGCUAAUAUCCAAGAGCCCACCCUACGUAAAGCAGCCGAGACCACAGAAGUUUUACUGGAUCAUGAAAAGGAGUGGAAACUGGGUAAGUGUAUCCUGCGCUUCCCAGAGAUUCUGCAGAAGAUCACAGACGACCUGCUUCUUCACACGCUCUGCGACUACCUUUAUGAGCUGGCCACCACCUUCACCGAGUUCUAUGACAGCUGCUACUGCGUGGAGAAGGACCGGCAGACAGGGGAAGUGGUCAAAGUCAACAUGUGGCGGAUUCUCCUCUGUGAAGCCACAGCAGCUGUGAUGGCCAAAAGCUUUGACAUUCUGGGUAUCAAUCCAGUUCAGAGGAUGUAAACUGGUCAAUGCCUCCCUCCUCUGAACAUUGAUGUUUUGGAAAAAGGUCUCAUACCUUUUUCCAAAACAUCAGUGUCCCAGUGGAUUUUUAUGGUAUACCAAAUAAAACUCAUAGGACUGUCCAUAAAAAAGUUUUGGCUUCCUGUUAAAGUUUUGGCUUCCUCAUAAAUGUCAGACUAGCCAUCUGGACCUUGACAAACAUCCAAAUAAUCAGUCAAAGCUAAAAUACCAAUCUCCAAGGCUACAUUAGAGCUAUCCACUUCUGGAGCGUCCAGCAAUUGGUGUGCUUGGUUUGACCCUUUUUUCUAUAAUAACUUUAUUGCCAGGCAACAGGAAUGAGCUCACUUAUCUUUGGUUUAUGACCUUUACUCAUUUAGUUUUUGGUUGUAUUAUUUCACAAUAUGCAUAAAACAUUGUUCUCCUUUGAAUUAAUUUCUUAAUGUGUUUUUUAUUCACUGGUGUAUUGCUGUAUCCACAUUGCCUUUAGCCAGAGGCUUUCAGUGAAUUAUUCAAUUUGAGAUAAAGUAACAUUUCAUUUAAGGUUUUUAAUAGAGUUCAGUGUUUUUCUUGCUCUUGCCAUCAAGAUUAACUGAAUUGGGGGUGAUAAAUGCAGCGUCAAUGCCUGAUAAUCUGUAUGAAGAUUAAGUGGAAUUAUUUAAUUCACUUACUGCGUCACUGGUUAUUUACUCAUUGGAUGUGCUGCAACCUGGAUUUUCUUGAUAAUUUUAGGUCUUAGAACUAAAUUAUAGAUCUGAACACUUAAUUACUUGGUUGAGUCUAGGUGAAUCCAUUAGUUUGUUCUAACCUAUUUUAUGACAAUCAGCCAAGUUUUUAAAAAUGUAAUAUGGGCUUUCAACAAAAAAAGAAGGCCACCUGUACUAAAUGGGUUUAAUGUUUUUCAACUCAUAACGCAAAAUUUUUAUUUUCAGCUCAACGUUGCCCAUUACUGAAAAUUUGUAUUUUUUAUAAUGCUGUUUUUGAAAAUGUGAUCUCAAAAACAUAUUACAGAGAUGACUACCAUAUACCAUUUUUUGGGGGAAAUUAAAGGCCCUUUCACUUGACUUGCGUCAGUGUUACCCAAUGCAUUGAAUUCUAAGUGAAGCAUUAGCUACAGCAUGCCCCCAGUGUUGCAUUUUACAGUGUUCAACUUACUAACUAAAUAUAACUGUGCCCCAAUUUGUUUCUUUUCAAAACAGCAGUGAUUAACGGAAAUGUUAAAAGACAUGUGCAGUGUUUGUCUUUUCAGUAACGAUUUUAACUUCGCACCCACGUUUGGUGUGCUUUUCCUGUUACUUGUAAUUGUAACAUUUGUAUGUCAUGUUAAUAAAAUAAGUAAAGUUACUAUUGUAAGAUAUAAAGUUGCAAUUGCAAGAUAUAAAGUCGGAAUUGCAAGAAAUGUAAUUGUGAGAUAUCAAGUUUCAAUUAUGUGAAAUAAAGGCACAAUUACGAGAAAUACAGUUGCAAUUGCGAGAUAAAGUCACUAUUGCAAGAUAUAAAGUGAGUUGCAAUUGCGAGAUGUAAAGUUGCAAUUAUGAGAAAUAAAGUAGAUAUUGCGAGAUACGUCGCAGUUCUGAAAACUUUUUGUUAUUGCGAGAUAUCAACUAACAGUUAUAAGAUACAAAGUCGCUAUUGCGAGAAGUAGUCGUUGCAAUUGCGAGAUAUACAGUAAAUUAUGGGAAAUAAAGUUGUAAUUGCGAGAUACAAAGUCGCUAUUGCGAGAUAUAAAGUUGCAGUUAUGAGUAAUAGCAUUGCUAUUGCGAGAUAAAAAGUCGCUAUUGCGAGAUGUAAGGCCACAAUAAUGAGAUACAAAAAGACAUUUCUCACAAAUACAAUUGCGAGGAAGUCACGACUAACAAUUGUGAGAUAUAAAGUCAGAACUACUUUUUUUUUUAUUCUGUUGUGGGAUCAAGGGAAUCAUUAGGACUUUUUAACUCAGAUUCAUGUUUUCACUCUACUUUGUACACUUUCUUGCUACCUAGCAGCCUCAUACAGUACAAACGGCCCUCAUACAAUCAGCCUUCUGUGACACUAUAAUGCUUUUCAGCUGCAAAGCUUUCAUAUGGAGGUCAAAGCUGUGCAUUAUGGCUGCAUUGAGUGGUGCGUUGAAGUGAUGACUUGUGUCACGUGAAAAAGGUUUUUGAAAGCUUUAAACAAAUACAUCUACUGCCAUAGAUGAAUUGCUAAAGAAGAAAAGGCAUUUCACUCAGUCUAGAGCAGCUAAUUACAAUGUGCUAUAGAUUAUUAUACAUGAGUGAAAACAACAUCUUUAAUAAUUUAAGAUCCUUCAUUCUCUUUUUACUACAACAAGGACUGCUUGUAAUUUGAUAUACUUUUACCGUUGAAUCUGAAAAUGAUAAGACCAAUGAUGUUAAAGAGAUAGAUCACCAACAAUUUAAAUUCAACAAUCAGUUACUCACCCUGAUGUUGUUUCUAACCUGUUUAACUUUUUUUUCUGUGGAAUACAAAAGAAUAUAGAAAGUCAUAUUCAACAUGAUGGUGUAAAUGGUGACAGAUUUUUCAUUUUUGGGUGAACUUCCCCUUUAACUUCAUCGAUCAUCUCAUUUUCAGAUUCAACAUUGAAUGUAGUUUGUCAGUUUAUUUUAAAUUCAUUUUCUUAGUUGGUAUGCAUGAAAAAAUGAAUAAUCUCAAGCCAAGUUGUGUUAUUACUUUCAUGAUAUAUUUAAAUAAAAUCUGUUACAUACAUACAGUAUCAACAAACCAUCACAACAAAUUAAGUUAUAUUAGACCUUGCUAUAAUAAAGUUGACCUUCAUAAAAUAGUAUAUUUAAGUUGCCUUUUAUGAAAUCAAAUACAUGGCGUUCCUUUUUUGAUCAUGUAGUCCAAAACUGUAUGAUAGUAAAAUGCUAAAUAAUAAGAAAUUACAGUUGUAGCAUUUGGGUCUGACAGCACAGAGCUUUGUAAUGUGCUAUGUCACAUAAUUCCUCUGAUGGAGGCACUUAGCUUGAUCAGAGAAUCAUUUUAACAAUAUAAAAUAAAUUAAAACAAAUGUGGCAGCUUCCAACCAAAUAAAAUUAAAAAAAAAUCA